AUGAGAGCAGCAUGGGCAGCACUUGCAUCCGUCAGGGAAGCUACGGACCAACUGACGGACCAAGAUCUUCGUGCCCAUCUGUUUGACUCGACAGUUCUUCCAGCGCUCUGUUACGCAGCGGAGACGUGGGCAGACACCGAUGCCGCAGCUCCGACCCAAGAGGAAUGCCAUGUCCUUGCGACCCAGUGGAAUAUAUAUCGAAAGCAAAGCAUAGAUAGGGACGGUCACAUUAUGAGAGGAAUCGACGAUAGAUGGACUAAAAAACGCUAA